GUGGGCGGGGCCACGGUAUGGGCGGGGCUACGCGAGGAGGCGUGGCUAUGCAGAGCGGGCGUCGUAAGGGGGCGUUGCCCGCGCAUGCGCGGUGAGGCCGGCCCGGCGGCGGAGGGGAGCGGCGCCAUGGCUGCGUCGGGCGGAGGAAGGAAGGAGGACGCCUUCAACGUGCUGGACCUGGCCGAGUACGCCAAGAGCCGGCCCUGGUGGAAGAAGGUCUUUGCCCCCAGCUCCGGGUCGAGCGCUGAGAAGUACAACGUGGCCACGCAGCUGGUGAUCGGAGGGGUGACGGGAUGGUGUACUGGCUUCAUCUUCCAGAAAGUCGGAAAGCUGGCAGCAACAGCCGUGGGAGGCGGCUUUUUCCUGCUUCAGAUUGCAAACCACACGGGAUACAUCAAAGUUGACUGGAAGCUCGUAGAACGCGACGUGAACAAAGCCAAGCAGCAGCUGAAAUUUCACAGCAGCAGCAACAAAAUGUCUCCAGAAGUGAAAAGCAAAGUGGAUGAGGUGAUCAUAUUUCUGAAGAAGAAUGUUAUCCUGACUGGAGGUUUUGCUGGUGGAUUUCUGCUUGGAAUGGCUUCCUAGGAUCUACAGUCGGCUCUCCCAUCAUGCCCAGCCUCCCCUGUCCUCUUCUCCUUCUGUUCCCUCUAACAUAGAAGUCAGUGGUAGUUUCCAGCAGGUUCAGGCCCUAUGCUCACAGGUUCCAACCCUUAUUUCUUACAACGCUGCUUUUUAUUUCCAACUUUUACCUGUCUGAGCUGUUUGGGUGCUGUACUGGCCUGAAAGCUUUUGACUUCAAUGUAUCAUAGUGAUUCCUUUCCCCACUGAAUAUGCCUAGCCCCAAGUUCUCGGAUGAGUUGCAGCCUCAUAAACAUGUAGUGGCAGAGAAAUCUGUUAAACAUACUUCUUCCCAGGUGCCAGGGACCUGUACAUUUGUCUGCCAGUAUGUGUGUUCAACAGCUGUCAGCUCUUCACUGCUAUUUAGCUUGCACUUUCUCUGCCCUGGUCCCUGGAAAAUGUGUGCUUCCAUCUGUCCUGAGCUCAUGUAUGAAGUGCAGAUGUGCUUGGCUGUCCUGGUGUGGCUACAGAGGUGCUGGGGGACAGCGUGGGCUGUGCCUGAGGCAGGUGGGUAAGGAGCACGUUCAUGCUUUGUGUGGCAGCAGAGGUUCUCUGCCCACCCCCUACCACUGCACUACACAUAGGUGGCUGUUUGGCUUUCCCUCUGCUGUUAUUUAUAGCCCUUACUGGAAGUGCAGCUCUGGUGCUGCUGAUGGAAACUGAGCACAGCGUGUGGCUCUCCAGGCCCUCUCCGUGUUGCAUUCUGAAAGUCACCCAGCUUCCUGCUCUGCAGAGCACCUUGCUCAGUCACUAGCUGCCAGCUUCUGAGGAGUGCUGAGGUGCUCUCUUCUUGUGGUGGGCUGGUCCCAGGGUGCUCCCCUGCCUGUGGCAGGCUGGCUGGCACGGGCAGCGUGUAUUUCUGCUGUGCCACUUACUGUAAACCACCUUGGGGCUCAGAGCAAUGUUUCUAGGUCUGCCGUGACCUUCUCUGGCUGCUUUGAAGUUGAUGCUCUUAAAGCUGUAUCUACAUGGGGUGGGAUUGCAGGUAGGAAUUGCAUCCCUGUUUAGGGUACGUUGUACUGGUCCAGGAUCCUUUGUGCCAGCUCCAUUAGAGUGGAGGGGGGAGGAUUUGAAAUCCAGUUAGAGCUGCUUUGAGCACAAUCUCUGGCCUUCCUUUCCACUUCAAAGAAACAAUGUGCUUAGGCCUAAAUGAUAAAAACUCUGGGAAAACCAGGGUAUGCCUCUGUGGGAGUAGACAGUUUCCAUGCUCUUCAUCCAGGUUAUGUUCCUUCCUUCUCUGAAUUUACUGUUUUCACACAAAAAAAAGCUGUGUGCUUCAUCCCCUUGGAUAUUCCUGACAGCCGUAGCCUUCAGCAGGUGAGGAGGUGGCCGAGGUGCAGAGCUCUGCUGUUCUUGGGAGCUCUGUCCCAGCGCAGUCGUGUGCAGAGCAGAACUCCAACCCACAAGAAAAAUGAAAUAAAUCUGUAUUUAUAUUUCGGAGGUGUUCUGCAACGGCCAUGCUGGGUUGGCAUUAGCACUUUGCAGAGUGUGGGGACUUGGAUGUCACCCUGACGGUUAUUCUUCAGCAGGUACAACUACAAGUAGGUGUUCUUCCCCAGGACGUUUUUUAAGUGAGUGUCAGCACACCGUUCACAGGGAGCACGCUGGAGAACAGUGAUGUGUGCGGGUGAGCAGGACGCGCUGCUCGGUGGCUGCAGCCCAUCUCCUGUGUUGUGUGAUGCCACUCUGAGUGUACACAGCUGGCUCUUGGUGUGGGUAGAAUGGGGACUCGUCCCCUGAGAGCUGCUGGGAGGGCUGGACCUGUGGGUUCAGUCACCAGAGGUUUUGGGAUUAGCGCUGACAGCUGGUAGCUUUGUUCCACCUCGGGUUGAAGUGUCAUUGUGGCAGCACUUCAAUUUAGAUGAGGUUUUUCUCAUGCUGAAAGUGAUCAGGAAGCAGAAGUUGGUGUCUUUGCUCCUCUUCUCCCUUCUCUCUGGCCAUGUUAGGAGCAGCUGGGCUCGCAUCCUUUUGAUGAUGACUCUUAGGAAAGCCAUCAGGGGCUGCAGGAGUGAUGUGAUGCAGCAGAUAGGUCCUCAAUAAAUUCAUGUUUGGGAGUGGAGUGACAAAAAAAAAAAAACAAACAGGUUUCUAUAGGAAACCUGCGUAGCUGAAUGUGCGUGAAUUAACACAUUGGUAUCGCAGGGGAUCUCUUGUUCCUGUAGGGAAAGUGUUGCUUCCCUCUGCCCGGUGUGCUGAGUAACCCAGCUGGUAUGCAGUGUUCUUCACAAACCUUUUUCCAGUGACAAAAUCGAAGGUAAAUCAUUAACAAACCGUAGGGCUGCCCUUCAGCUUCGGGUCAGGCGCUGUCUGCCCGGGCUGGGAGGUACUGGGUGCUGCUCCACGGGGUCCUGCCUUCCUGCUGCAGAGAGGAAUGGCCCAGAGAGGGAGCCAGGACAUCCCGGUAGCUGCUGCAAGGGGCAGAGAGUAGCUGGGGCAGAUCCGUGCUGGGUGGGCAGGGAGUGGACGUUGGGAGCUGGCCCAUCUUUCUGCUGUGCCAGCGUCAGACUCGUGGCUGGUGGUGGUGGAUGCUGCGUGCCCACGCUGGGAGUUCUGGUGCCGCAUCAGCCCCUGGGGACACGUUUUUGUUGUUGCAGGUGCCAAGGUGAGGGAUUCCCCCCUCACCCCUCCGACACACGCGUCCCUUCUGUUCUUGUGUCAGCCACUUCUGGCAUCCGUACCAGUACAAGAAGGUCGAAAACACACUAGGCUUUUUAAAGUCUUUUUAUAUAUGAUAUGUAAAUGCUUGUUGAAGUGAUAUUUUAUUAAACGGUUUUGCUUUAA